AUGAACGAUACAGGAUGUGGAUAUGGUUCUCCACAAAUCCAACGGACGUAUCUAAUUCCACUUGCUGAACAGUUUGUAAAGAUUUCUGUUGACUCUUCAUCUGUGGAUGAGUUUUCAGAUUACAUAAUUCGAGACAAGUCAACAAGUUGUAAUAGAUCUAAUAUGAAGUUAUGGCGCAAAGAUGCUUGCAAAGCAUUAAGACUAGUGAAUACUCGCACGAUGGUCAGUCCUGUUCCAAAAGAUUCACCCAUCAUGGCUGACGAAUCUGAGUUUCCUAAAUUAGAUAUGUCAGUAGAUUUAGACAGAAAGCUUCCACGUAAACGUUCCAGGACGAACUUGGAAUCAACAACUGAAUCUAUUUCUGCUCGAUGUGUUUCUUCAACGUUAUCGGAUAUCAGACACACAGUUCCAGCGGAUUUACGAAGGCAAAUAAAAGGCUUUCUCGCAUGCCACCUACUUUCCGAUAUAGGAUUACCGGUUUGGCCAUCUUUGUUGAUUAAUGGUCCCCCAUUUUGCGGCAAAACUACAUUGAUUGAAGCAGCAUGUGGAACUUUAGGUUUAAAAAUCAUCACUGUUUCGGUUGGUACAGUACCAUCAUCUAUACGUCCUUGGAUGGAUAUAUUCAACCAAGCUAAGAAUUCCUCACCAUGUAUUUUACAUUUGGAUGAUAUUGAAAGUAUGGAGAAACAUUCCUCCCCUGUUGGGACGUUCCGUCUCACCUGCCUUCUAAAAAGUCAAUUGCUUAAAGAUAUGGUCAACUCAGGUGUUGUACUUAUUGGGGAAACUCGAUCUCUUCUUGCCAGCCUACCUCAAAGUAUAUUAGAUUUGUUUACACAGAAGUUGACAUUUGGAAUGUUAAAUGAGGCUCAUCGUUUGAGAUUGUUGCAGCAGUACUUGUUAGAUGAUACUGAUCUUAUUAUUUCACCGAAACCAGUAAGUUCUAAUUCCAAUCAACUACAACUCAGUGAAAACUUAACAUGUCUUGAAUUAGCCCGUCGAACACCUGGUUAUGAAAUUGGAGAUUUAAUUCGUCUGGUAGCCCAUUUAAAAAUGGCUUGUUUAACAUGUAAACUUAAUGAUGUUAACGAUGAUGAUGAUGAUGUUGAUGACAACUUGAAUAAUCUUGAUACUAACAGUAUGGAGUGUGUUAAGAAUGGUCAAAAGGUGCAUGUUAAUUUCUCCAUUGAGUCGCGUGUCGCUGAUAACUCUGUUUCGGAACGCGUCACAUAUCCUUUAAUCGUAACAAGAGAAAUUGUUGACAAAGCGUUGGUUGUUGUCAUUCCAGCAGUUAAGAAUACUGCUGAAUUUGUAACUAUUCCGGAUGUGACUUGGGCUGAUGUCGGUGGUCUCGAAACAACUAGACAACAAUUAUACAAUCGCUUCAUGCUUCUAAUCGACGAUUGGGAACGCGCUCAGGUUUUGCAUCGACGUUCUGGAGGUGUACUACUUGAGGGUCCACCUGGAUGUGGGAAAACACUCGUAGCUAAAGCUCUAUCCAAUCAAGCUGGUCUCAAUUUCCUGUCGGUUAAAGGUCCAGAAGUCCUUAAUAAAUUCCAAGGUGAAAGCGAACGUCGUAUUCGAGAAAUCUUUGAAAGAGCACGUGCUUGUCAACCAUGUCUGAUUUUCUUCGAUGAAAUAGAUGCAAUCUGUCCAAGACGCGAUAGUGACGAAUCUACAGGCAGUCGAGUUAGUUUGGUUAAUCAGCUUCUGGUUGAGUUGGAUGGUAUUGACAAACAUAGAUCAGGUCGCGUUUUUGUUGUUGGUGCUACUAAUCGCAAAGAUAUGAUUGAUCCUGCCAUACUUCGUCCUGGACGUCUGGGCUUACAUUUGAUGAUCAACCCACCGUCUAAUGUGAAAGAACGUCUCUCUGUUUUAUCAGCUUGUACUCGGUCUGCAACUACUCCUCGUAUUGAGAAUGGUAUGCUGUCACUUGAACUCAUUGCAAAUGAUUCACGCACUGAGAGAAUGAGCGGUGCUGAUCUAGAAAAUUUAUUGGAAUUAGCUAAACAGAAGGCUCAAAUUGCAAGACAAGAUUUUGUUUCACAAGCCAACUUACUUGAUGCAUUAUCUGAGUUACAUAAAUAA